AUGACCGCUCCGGGGCUCCUAGGCUCCUACACUGCCGAGGAAGAGAAAGCCGUUUUACGCAAGAUUAACACAGUCAUUCUGCCUUUAGGCAUCAUCUACAUAUGUCUAGCUGCACCUCAAACCUUUGGCGGAUUCGCUGCUUACCGCAAGCCAGAAAAUAAUGCCCGAACCGCGUUAUAG